GUAUCAUUGAAUUGGUGCAGAGAGAAGAUUGAUUCAGUUUUGCCUUGUAAAAAUAACGUUCCGAUGCCUUCUGUGGGAAUGAGAAGGACUACCAGGGUUUUCGGAGCGAGGGUGUUGAGAUCAGGAAGGCGUCUAUGGACAGGGACAGGGACAGGGGAUGGGAAGUACACGAAGAGUGCCAAUGGGGACGAGUGGAUUGAGCUUCUUGAAAAUUCUGGGGAUGGUGGAGGUGGUGCCAAUCAACGCAAAGAACGUGGCAGGCAUGGAAAUGAGGCUGCUGCUAAGCAGGAAGUCAGGGGAAUGGAUGUUGACGUAAAAGUAGUGAAAUCUGCUCCAGAGAAAGUUUUGCAUGAGGGUUUGGAUGCAGAGAACCAUGUUGGCAAGAGGUGGGGAGUUGUAUAUACAAGAAAGCGGAAGUGUGUAGAUUCUAGUCUUGUUGAAUCUUCAGCUAAUGGUAAUAAGAAAAGGAGCAUAGAUGACAAGAGGUAUGGGAGGCAGUUUUUUAGAAAGCAGUGGAGGAAGAAAACCAUACAGACGGAGUUGGCUGAACCAGGUGAUUCAAAUAUGGCUUUGAUGGCACAAGAAGAAUCACUAGAUAAUGCCAGAGGUCAUUUCCUUUUGGUAGUUUUUGACUCUUCCUGUUGUAGCUGGUAUAUGGCUGCAUCUUUUCUGAAUUCUAUUUUGAGGUAUAUGAGGCAGGCAAGAGUUGGUAUCCAGCAGCUAUUUGCAUUCCUUCACUCCAAGGCAAUUGCGCUUGUAUACUCUUCUUGUGGCAUCCGUUUUCUGCAGGGCUCUAAUGUAGUUGCUGAGCGUGGAGUUUGCGUGAUAUGGGGUACCAGUUGUUUGGUACCGGUUUUUGCUGUGGAUUAUUCUGCAGUUCCUUAUUGUUUCAUGUAUUUGCAUUCAAGAAUGCUACUCCAUUUUGCUCAUCUGAUGUAUUCUGUUGAACGAUGUUUAGUGGGUAUAGAUGAUAAAAAUGAUAAUUUAUCAACACUGUCCAUGCUUACUGAAAGCGUCCAAGCUUCCGAUGCGUUGGCAGCCUCCAGAAAUGAUUACUCUGGGAAGACGGAGGUGUCAGUGUCAGUGUCAGUGUCAGUGUCAAAUGUUGCUCCUACUAAAUUAACUGGUCGAAACCUGCAACUGAGGAAUGGUCGUAACAUUCAGAGAAGUUCAUUUAGAUCAAAGAGGGGCAGACGGCCUUCCUCUUUUGGUGCCCGAAAAGCUAAUGGAGCUUUGGCUUCUAAUCUACUUAGCUUUAGACAUAAUAGCAAUCAACUUUCCCCAAUAACACCAAGACAUGAGCUUAGGAGUUGGACUGUCAGGCAUUCUGUCACAAAUAUCAAACAAGUCAAGUCUUCCCUGGGGGGAUUGAAACAGGAUAUUGAUCCCACUAGCUGUUUUGCAAAUAUACUGGUUAUAGACUCUGACAAGUGUUAUAGGGAAGGAGGAGCUAUUGUCACAUUAGAAGUUUCUGCUGAAAAACAGUGGCAUCUUGCAAUCAAGAGAGAUGGAGUGAAGAGGUACAGUAUCAUCACUCAGAGUCUUAUGAGAGCAUGUAAUUGUAAUCGCUUCACUCAUGCCAUGAUGUGGGGUAUGGAUAGUGGUUGGAAGCUAGAGUUCACUGAUAAGCAGAACUGGUCGAUUUUCAGAGACCUGUACAAGAAGUGUUCAGAUCGCAAUGCACAGGUUCCUGUGGAGAGUUUCAUUCCUGUUCCUGGGGUGCAUGAAGUGUCUGGUUAUGUGAACAGCGGCAAUUAUGUAAGGCCUGCUACAUAUAUAAGUGUAAAAGAUGAUGAACUGAGUAGGGCGUUAGCAAGGAGAACAGCAAACUAUGAUAUGGACUCUGAUGAUGAGCAGUGGCUAAAUAAGAAUGAGUUUCAUAAACUUUUGUCUGCAGAGGAGUUUGAGUUGGUAAUUGAUGCUUUUGAGAGAGGUUUUCACAGCAAUCCAGAUGAUUUCUCUGAUGAAACAACAAUUCCUAACAUAUGCCUGAAUGUGGAAAGGAGUGUUUUAGAGGCUGUGCACAGCUUCUGGGUUAAUAAACGGAAGCAGAGACGCGCAUCCUUGAUCAGGAUUUUUCAGUUGUAUCAGCCAAGGAGAACCCAAAUGAUACCAAAUUCUGUCCUGCGCAAGAAAAGGUCAUUCAAACGACAGGGAAGCCAAAUUGGAAGAGGGAAACAGCGUCCUUUUCUUAAAGUAAUGGCGGCUGAGCAAGAUGCUGAGGAACAACAAAAUGCCGUUUUGAAGGUGGAAGAAGCCAAAGCUGCAGCAAACAGGUCAGAAGGGUUGGCAGUUCUUAAGCGUCAAAGAGCUCAGCAGCUCAUGGAAAAUGCUGAUUUGGCAUCUUACAAAGCUGCCAUGGCACUUAAAAUUGCUGAAUUGGCUCAAAUUGCGGAAUCGACAGAUAACGCUGAUCUCCUUCUCCCAGUCGGGUAACUGGAUUUGUUUCCGGAGACCGGAGCUCAAAUUGCUGAGAGUACCCAUGGCGGCCUUUUUGAGAAUGCCUUGGAGGUGGUUCAACCUUUGACAGUAGUAUCAUUGUUGUAAUUUUGUAUAGAUUCUGAUUGGGAUGUACAUUCUGUAUUAUGACGUCAUACCGGAUUUCUACAAGAACUUUGAAAGUUUAAAAGAAAACGCAGGAAAAUAGAGAAAAUAGUGUUUUUUUUUUUAA